AAACCACUAAAACCUGCAGUACUCCACAGCAGCCACUAGAGGGCCUCACUCCCUGUUAAUCUACUGGUUGUUGAGUCUUUGGACUGAAGACAAAGACAACAGAGACAUGAAGCAGUAAAGAUCAGAGACAGAGCUGCUGAGGAAGCAGAAAACUCUCUGAUUGGUUGAGUUGAAGUGGCCCCGCCCACUGACCUUCAGCUCAUCCAAUGACAUCAUUUCUUCCUCGUUCUGCUGCAACAUUGUUGAUCUGCUGUGUUCUCAGUUUAACUUUGGGACAGCUCCUGCGUCUCCUGUCCUUUAGGAAGGUUAACAGAUAACAGACGACUGAUUACAGAACCACUGCAACUGUCACAUGCCAAUGUGCCGCUGGGCAAGGCAUUUAACCCCAGGUAGCCUGAGAUCUGAGUUGCAUGUGAAUGUGUUUCACAUGGUGCAGGUCCAGUGGAAGACGAACACAUCGGCAUUUCUUUGCUCUCCUGCAGACGACGGUGGACACAGAAGAUAUCGUCUGAUUUUGAAGUGAAUCUCUUGGUGGAAACGAGUUCACUGCUGAAACGGUCCGAAAGGAUCUUUAAUGAGGUCUGAUUAUUUCGACAUACUGAGUGUCAUCAGGACAAGGUCUAAAGUCUGAUGACAGAAGUGGGCAGGUCUGUGGAUUCUGUGAGUAAAACCAACUGAGUGUAAGACAAUAUUGAUGUGACAGAAUAAACAUGAUGUGACAUGUUAUCACCCUCAGUGUAAGAAUAAACAUUAAAAUGCCCCACUAUAAUAAUCUUAUUGGUAUUUAACUCUAAAUCAUAUAAAUCUGAUCUGAAAAUAGAGAGUCAGGGUCUGGUGGACGAUGCAAAGCUGCUUUGCAACUUGCCAUUAGUAACUGGUCAGAUGAAGCUGCCAUUAGUCUGAAUCUGAAGGAGGAAACAGAGAGAAAAGCAGAAGCAGUUAGAGGCAGAGUGACACACGGUGAGCGUCACUUUCCAGAAGUGAAAGUUAAGUGAGUGAAGAGCAGUAGAGCUGCAAACGAGACUCAUUUCUUCUUCUCCCUCAACCACCGAGUCCAACAGCGAUUCAGACAUGUCUUCUGGCAGCAGCCGAAGGUCUGAGGAUCAGUUUCUGUGCUCCAUCUGUCUGGAUGUGUUCACUGAUCCAGUCAGCACACCAUGUGGACACAACUUCUGCAAGACCUGCAUCACUCAGGACUGGGACGGAAAUGUUCCCUACAAAUGUCCUCUGUGUAAUGAACAUUUCACCUGCAGACCUCAGCUCAGAGUCAACACCUUCAUCAAAGAGAUGGUUGAUCAGUUCAGACGUGAAGCUCAGCAGGAAGCCAGCAGCAGCUCAGAGCAACAAGCUGCCAAGCCAGGAGAAGUUCCCUGUGACGUCUGCACUGGACCCAAACUGAAGGCCCUGAAGUCCUGCAUGGUGUGUCUGACCUCCUACUGCCAGACUCACCUGGAGCCUCACCUGACCGCUCCACGUCUGAAGAAACAUCAGCUGAUGGAGCCGGUGGAGAACCUGGAGGACAGGAUGUGUCUGCAGCACGAUAAACCUCUGGAGCUGUUCUGUAGGAACGACCAGACAUGCGUCUGCUUGGUCUGUCCUGUUUUAGACCACAAGAACCACGAGCUGGUUCCUCUGAGAGAAGAAUCUGAAGGAAAGAAGGCAGAGCUGAGGAAGACGGAGGCUGAAGUUCAGGAGAUGAUCCAGGAGAGACGACUGAAGAUCCAGGAGAUCAGAGAGUCGGUGAAGAUCAGUAAAGAUGCUGCAGACAGAGAGAAAGCAGAAGGUGUUCAGGUCUUCACGGCUCUGAUAGAGUCUGCUGAGAGAGGCCUGAAGGAGCUCCUCAAGGAGAUCCAAGACAAACAGGAAACUACAGAGAAAGAGGCUGAAGACUUCAUCAGAGAUCUGGAACAGGAGAUCUCUGAGCUGAAGAAGAGGAGCUCUGAGGUCAAGCAGCUCUCACAGGAUGAAGAUCACCUCCACCUCCUCCAAAGCUUCUCCUCCCUGAAAGAUGCUCCACCCACCAAGACCUGGACAGAGGUCAGAGUUCAUCCACCAUCACAUGAGAGGACUGUAGUGAGAGCUGUGGCUCAUCUGGAGGAGACGAUCAGGGAAAAGAAGAUGAAGAAGCUCCUAGAGGUUGAGCUCAAGAGUGUCCAGCAGUUUGCAGUGGCUGUGACUCUGGAUCCUGAUACGGCUCAUCUUGAUCUCAUCCUGUCUGAUGAUGGAAAACAAGUGAGAGACGGAGAUAUGAGGAAAAAUCUUCCAGACAAUCCAGAGAGAUUUUCUCUGUUUCCUAAUGUUUUAGGACAGCAGAGUUUCUCUUCAGGCAGAUUUUACUUUGAGGUUCAAGUUAAAGGAAAGACUGACUGGACUUUAGGAGUGGCCAGAGAAUCUGUUGACAGGAAAGGAAACAUCACUCUGUGUCCUCAGAACGGUUUCUGGACUGUUGGGUUGAGAAAUGGAAAUUCUUACAAAGCUGCUGCUGGACCUUCAGUCUGGCUCUUUCUCUAUCCUGGUCCUCAGAAGGUGGGGGUGUUUGUGGAUUAUGAGGAGGGUCUGGUCUCCUUCUAUGAUGUAGAUGCUGCUGCAAUGAUCUACUCCUUUACUGGCUGCUGCUUCAAUGAGAAACUCUACCCAUUGUUCAGUCCUGGUCUUAGUGAUGAAGGUAAAAACUCUGCUCCUCUGAUCAUCUGUCCUGUUUAUCACACUAGUUGUUGCUCUGAUGAAGCUCCAUGAAGAAUGAAUCUGUAGGUGAAGCCCUUCUGGUGCAGAGGUGAGCUUUGUCCACCUGCAAUAUGCUGUAAAGGCCAUCAGAAAGUGAACACGUUUCCCUGGGUAAAGUGUGGGCAGUCCUUGGAAGGUAAGGGGCAUGGUCAAGACUCUGCAUCAUGGUAAUCUCUUAAGUGCUUUAACACCAAAUAUUGGUCAGGAAAAUGGGUGAUUUGCGCAAAACUAAAGCUGCAUGAAAAGGUCACUGUUGAGAUCUGAUCCAACAGCCUACCAGGUGGGAGCAAAGGCAGUUAAACCAGUCGGCCGCUAAAGCUGACCAAGGUUCACAUAGUCCAUACAUAUCAGGGGUCAGGGUCAAUGACUUCCAUUGGUUCCUCUUAGGGGGAACUUGUGCAAUGUGUACCUAGACUAUGAGCGCCCUUCCCUGGAAAGCUGAGGAAGUAGAUCUCUGCCAUGUAUGCAGAACAUACCAACCGUGGGAAGAUGGCAGAUAUCUGUGCUUUGGCACAGUACCAGGUACCAACAGGGAAGUCAAGCAACAAGUUUUGUGCAGGUGCCCUAAAGGUUUCAAAGUUUGAAAUGUGACUUCCUCUAUCCCACACCCUGUCAUGAUAACAGGUCCCACGGACGGCUCGUUUCUUCCAUGCCCCCAGACCCACGUCUGAUGCAACCUGGCAGAGGUAAGACUCUGUCUUAAAGCGAAGGCUCAGACGAUCGCAACGAGCUCACAGACAUGGCAGAGAGUACGGCCUGUCUUCUCCUGGAUGGAAGAAGGAACCAUUCAUCCAGAGCAGGGGGGCCCAAAGUGGGUCCUGGAGGCCCGGCAUCCUGCAUGUUUUAGUCUCUCCCUGGUACCAACAACCUUCUCAGCAGGUCAAUGUUCUUCUUAGAUCUCUAACGAGCCAUCAUUGGAUCCAGGUGCGUUAAACCAGGGAGAGACUAAAACAUGCAGGAUGCCGGCCCUCAGGGACCCACUUUGGGCCCCUGAUCCAGAGUGUUGACCUGCCCUUUAUGCACCUCGUCACCCCUCAAAGGGCCUGGUAGGGAGCAAAGUGUCUGCCGAUACUUUACUGUUAAUUUCAGUGAAAAAUAACUGGAUACAUCAGUGAUGAAGUAUGAAAAUAAAAACCUGGUCUGGAGAAAAUGUCAUUUAUUUAUCUUUGCUGUUAAACAUUUUCUAUCUGUAAUUAGAACAUUUCUGCCUGGCCUGUGUUUUUCUUUUUCAUUUUCAUGUGACUGUGUUAAUGUAAUGACAGGAACAUUAAAUAAACUGUACAAAGAAA